AUGUCGAAUUUUUUCCAGAGGACUCAGAUACAGACUGCUAGGCCCACCAUCCCGACAAACACGUCUUCCAAACAGCCUGUCUCACAGACUCCUCUAGCCGUCUACCCAACUAAUCAGCCAAUCAUGAAGCCCAUGGCACCCAUGCCUUUCCCUUCCCUGCGGGCUGCACAGCUUAAAAACCUUGGGGCCCGGCGACCACCACCCAGGAAGAUCAUCAUGGGCCUGUCUUUGCACGACGAUGUUCAGCUGAAGAAAUCAGAGAAUGCCUGGAAACCAGGCAUGAAGAGGGAAAGCCUCCCAGCGGAACCAGAGUCCAACAAAACACAGGACCUGUUCAAGAAGGUCCGCAGCAUCUUGAACAAGCUGACGCCGGAGAAGUUCAGCCAGCUGGUGAAGCAGGUCUGGGACCUGACCAUCGACACUGAGGAGCGGCUCAAAGGAGUCAUCGACCUGGUGUUUGAAAAGGCCAUCGACGAGCCCAGCUUCUCGGUGGCCUACGGGAAAAUGUGCCGCUGCCUCGCCACGCUCAAAGUGCCCAUCACUGACGCUCCCAACAACACAGUGAACUUUCAAAAGCUGCUGCUAAGCCGCUGCCAGAAAGAAUUUGAGAAAGACAAGGUGGAUGAUGUGGUGUUUGAGAGGAAGCAGAAGGAGCUGGACUCUGCUGCAUCGGUAAGUACGGAGCGUGACCGACUUCAGGUAGAGCUGCAGGAGGCCAAGGACAUUGCCCGGCGGCGAUCCAUCAGCAACAUAAAGUUCAUUGGUGAACUGUUCAAGCUAAAGAUGCUAACAGAGGCCAUCAUGCAUGACUGCGUGGUGAAGCUGCUGGGGAACCACGACGAAGCUUCCCUGGAGUGUCUCUGCAGGCUGCUCACCACCAUCGGCAAGGACUUUGAUUUAGUGGAGGCCAAGCCUCGGAUGGAUCACUAUUUUAAGCAGAUGGAAAAAAUCAUCAGAGAGGGGAAGACGUCUUCACGCACAAGGUUCAUGUUGCAGGAUACCAUAGACCUAAGAUUGCACAAAUGGGUGUCAAGAAGAGCCAACCAGGGUCCAAAGACAAUUGAUCAGAUCCACAAGGAGGCAAAGCUUGAAGAGGAAGAGGAGCAGAGAAAAGUGCAGCAGCAACUGUACUUCAAGGACACCAGGAGACGGCCAGAUCCAAGGGAGCAGAGGGAGCAGAGAGAGCAGAGACAGCAGAGAGAGCAGAGACAGCAGAGAGAGCAGAGAGAGCAGAGACAGCAGAGGGAUCAGAGGGAUCAGAGAGAGCAGAGAGAGCAGAGGGAGCAGAGGGAUCAGAGGGAGCAGAGGGAGCAGAGAGAUCCGCAAGUACAGGGAGAGGAGACCUGGAAAACUGUGCCCAUGAGGAAGAAUGGCAGGACCAUCGACCCCAACAAGAUCCCAAAGAUCUCCAAGAUGGACGAGAAGAUCCAGCUGGGCCCUCACGGAAGUCGUAGCCGUACAGAAAAAAAGUGCAGCAACAAGCCGCUGAUCUCUGCACCGAAAGUCACUGAGGUCGAAUCUGAGCCAGAGCGCAGCAGAGUCCGAGAGCCUGUGAAACCUGAGCCUGUUCAGACGAGAGAGAAACCUGCUCGGUCUGAGGAGGAGAUCGAGAGGAAGUGCAAGUCCAUCAUCGACGAGUUCCUGCACCUUAAAGAUUUCAAGGAGGCUGUCCAGUGUGUGGUGGAGCUUGAUCUGGGCUCUCAGUCGCACAUCUUCAUACGCGUGGGGGUGGAGUCGACUCUGGAGCGCAGUCAGAUCACACGGGACCACUUGGGCCAGCUCUUCUUCCAGCUGGCGCAGAAGGGAAUCCUGCCCAAACCCCAGUUCUACAAAGGGUUUGCAGACACGCUGGAGCAAGCGGACGACAUGGCCAUCGACGUUCCCCACAUCUGGCUGUACCUGGCUGAGCUGCUCAGCCCUGUGCUGAAGGAGGGGGGCUUCUCUAUGAGAGAGCUCUUUAGUGAAUUAAGCAAACAUUUGCUUCCUGUGGGAAGAGCUGGGAUCUUGAUCUCUGAAAUACUGCUCAUACUAUGCAAACAAAUGGGCCAUCGUACUGUGGCUUCUCUGUGGGAAGAAUCAGGCCUCAACUGGACUGACCUUCUGCCGGAGAAAGAGGAUGUCCAGGCUUUCAUCUCACAACAGGUCAGUGAUGAAGAGGAUGCGCCAAACCGGCAGGCCAACCCACCUGAAGCGGCCAACUCAAGUGAGCGUCCCUCAGCCAAGGAACCAGCUUCUUCUCACUUGUCCUCAGUCGAGGAGCUGAAACCCUCUUUGGUGCCACCUCAGACUCUGAACACAGACAAGCCUCUCUUAGACGCCCCUGGAACUCUGGCUGCCUUGUCUGGAGCAGCCCCCACGGCUUUGAACAGCCUUGCAGACCGUACAGGCAGGAAGCGCAGGAAGAACAGAAAGCGCAGCGCAAAGCCGCUCAGCUCUGCACCGUCUCAGCCUGAUCUGUACACCAGGGGAAGCAGCUCAAAGGAGCCAACCCCGGAGGAGCCGCCAAGAGACAGCGAGCCAGAGGGAGCUGUGCCUAGGAGACCGAAUGUCUCAGAGCACAAACCUGAGCCAGAGGGCAGCAGUGUCUCUAGUCCUGUUUACAGAGAGGCCGCCUCUGAAACUUUGCCUUCUGACACCACUCCUCAACAGGACCAAGACUUCGAAGCCAAGUGUCUGAAGGAGAACCUGACUGAAUCUCACCUGAGCUUGUUUCCCUACCUGAGGGCGUUGAUGACGGCUGUGUGUAAGGCAGCAGUGAAAAGUAAGCUCUCCACCAGCCGGAUGCACACGGCCCUCAUUCAAAAGAGAUUACCUGUAUUGCUCCAGUACCGGAACUCAGAGAGUGAGCGACAUCUGCAUGCUCUUCAGGAACUUCAGUCGCUGAUCGUCGCCCUCGAUCAUCCUCCAAACCUCCUCAAGAUAUUCUUCGAGUGUAUGUACGACGAGGACGCAUUCUGCAAGUCGGGGACCAGAAAAGACCCGGCCAAUCAGCUGGAUAAGGGCGUGGCCCUGAAGACCGUCACAGCCUUCUUCACAUGGCUGCAGGAGGCGGAGUCGGAAGACAAUUGACGAGUUUGGAUUCCAAACUUUUGCAA